GUGUGUGUGUGUGUGUAAGUGUGGAAGUGGAACAAACUUUACAAUGUGAAUCGUCGCCAUUAAUAACAGGGAACUUGAGGGAAAAAAGUGACUGUGUGAGUUUGAACUCAAAUAUAACAUGUUUAAACAUUCCGCACUUAAGACUCAUUUCUAAAGAAAUUCGUGUCGCGCUGCAGUGAGAAUGGACGGACUGUACUGUCUGCGGUCCGAUCUGAUUCGCGAUGAUUGUCUGGACGGUUGGACGGUGAUCGGAUCCGGCGGGUUCGGACAGAUCUACCGAGCAAAACACAAGGGAUGGGGAACCGACGUGGCGAUAAAGUUAUUGCUUUAUAAUGACGGCAGUUCGGCGGCGUCUCUUCAAAGAGAAGCUAAUCUGAUGUUCCAGGGUGGAAAUCCAAACGUCCUGCGGAUCUUCGGCUUGUAUGAGGGGCGUCUGGGCGGUACGCAUAACCUGUCUCGGGUAGGUCUGGUGAUGGAGUUCAUGUCGAGGGGUUCUCUGGCUGAUCUGCUGCAUGCGUUGAGUGGACCCCCUCCGUGGGCUCUGACCUUCCGCAUCACUCAUCAGAUCGGUCUGGGAAUGAACUUCCUGCAUCAGUUGGCCACUCCCCUUUUACACUUGGAUCUGAAGCCCAAUAACGUGCUGCUGGAUGACAGCCUCAACGCCAAGCUAACAGAUUUUGGUCUGUCGCGAGUCGCUCGAAGUCUUUCUAAAAGUGUCCAAGAGAAAGAUGAAUCAGAGGGGGGAACUUUGAGCUACAUGCCACCUGAAGCACUGAACUCUGUGAAUUACAAACCAAACAAAGCCUCUGACAUUUACAGUUACGGUGUGCUGUUGUGGUCCAUCAUCACUGGAAAGGAGCCAUACGCUAAUGUUCUCUCGGUCCUGGUACGCUUUCAUAUCCCUCGAGGUGAGAGACCGGAUCUGACAUUAAUCGACUGCAGUGUGGCAGCAGGGUUGGAUGAUAUAGUUCAGCUCAUGUCAGCGUGCUGGACUCAAGAACCCAACCAGAGACCGUCAUUCAGAGAUUGUGUUCAUGUGACUGAAAAGGUCUUCGACAUGCACAAACGUGGAGUGAACGAUGCUGUUCAUGAUGUUCUCAAACAACUGGACGAUGACAUCUGUUCCGGUUUAAGAUCGGUCCAAAUCAGCCCUAAACCACAGAAUAAAGUACGUCCUCAUGUUUUGUCGUGUGUCACAGGUCCUCCACCUGAACAGGAAACAGGUGCCAAUAAAAAUGCAGAGGGCAUAAAAAAAGAAUCCUUUUAUCGUCCGGUCAUGUCUGGGGUGCCUCACUUUAACAAAACACCACAGCGUCAAUCAUCAACACCAGGCGGCGUCUCCAUUAAUAUGUCCAACGUCAGUGCAGUUCAGAUUGGCAACAACAACUACAUGAACAUUUCUCAGAGAUCCCGUCAAAGGCACCAGACAGCUCCGUCUAGCGCCAACAGAGCUCACUAUCAAUCAGAGAACUCGUAUAAGAAGACAUAAGCCCAAAGGCUUUUUUACGCUCUCCUCAGAUAAACUUUAUCUGUUGAUGUGGUUGAGUGUGUUGGUUUUCCUUUUUCUACAUAACUGAUCCUUCAUCCAGCAUUAAAAAUGUUUCUGAGCGAUUCUGCCUUAAUAUUAUCAGAAAAGCUUUUGCUGUUUUCUCAUUUAAGUCCCGUGUGUUUGGAGAGUUUUAAACAGAACAUUACAGAAAUUAUUUCCAGGUUAUUUUAAAGGAACAUUAUUUUUUUAUAGUUUACCUUAAAAAAAAUAAAUUUAAAAAAAUCCAUUAAAUCUUGAAAAUAAAUAAAGUCUGCAUGCUGUGAAUUGAAGUAUGUGUCAACCCUCAUUCCCAAAUUAACGUGUUACACAAUAUUGGCGAAGGGUAGGGGCAAUUAAAUUUUUAAAGGAAUAUUCCGGGUUCAAUGCAUUUUAAGCUCAAUCGACAGCAUUUGUGGCAUAAAAAUGUAUAUGGACUUUUCUUUAAAAAAAAAAAAAAAGCACAAA